AUGGCAGACAGCACCCCAUCGAGACUGAGCAACGUCUUCAAGACUUUCAUGCCUCCGCCUCGCACUGGUCUCGCAGACUCCAACUACACAGGCGUCGAGCUGCAGUGGAAGAUGUUCGUCAUCAGGCCUGCGCUGUUCAAGUGGGAUCUGAUUGGAUUGGCGUUGGUAUUGGUCUACAUUCUCUGGUCAUUUGUUGGUCGCCGCUGGAACAAGCGUAUUGCGGAUAGCUGGGCCAACCACUGGCGCGCAGUGAUCAACAAGCAAGUAGCCGUAGUCAAUGUCUUCAAGCACUCGCCCACCUUGGCCGACGGCCCCACAGAUUUCCUGACUUAUGCGAGUGGCCGUCGCGGAAUGGAGAGGCUGUACACGCACAUACACACCCGCCCCCGCCACGACAUCUUCCAGCAACUGUUCAACACGGCCUGGUCACUCGUAGACUUCAACGCCGACUCGGCAGAUAACGUCUCCAUCACUGCCACACUCACACCCGGCGCGGGCGGCCAGGAUGUCGGCUUCGUCUAUGCCCUCGUGCGUAAGAGCAAAAUGACAAAUCUGCGCAAGAAACGUUUUGAUUUGGGUCUCACCAGGACCGUCGAUGGGGGUGAGGACUGGACGGAUUUCGCUCCGAUGGCCGAAGUACACGCGCUGGCUACGUCUUUCGCUAAACCGCACCUCACUGGCUUAGUGGAGACGGUGCGCGAGAAGGGCGAUCUGCUCAAUUGGCUCAUCAUCUCAGACCAGCCCGCUGCGAAACCCACAAAGGGGCCACUCAACCCAGACGAGAAAGAGAGAGUGAUCGAAUUGAAUUUGAGACUGCCGGAAGAUGUCACCGCGCUUACUCCUUAUAUCAUGCUCGUAUUUAACCUCAUCGACGCCAUUCACCUCCAGAAACUCUCCCUUAAUGCUGAUACUCUCCGCCGCUUACAAAAGAAUCGCGUCGAGCUAGGCGCUUCUCUCGCUAAGGAAUACGCUAAACAACUCGAAGAUGAAGAAGAAGAGAGGACUGGCAAGUCGGCAGAAGAGCGCAAACGCAUUGCCAAGAAAGCCAUCGAGGAUGCCAAGUAUGAGAAAAUGUCCAACGAAGAUAGACGCAAAUAUGAAGAAAAAGAGCGCAAAAAGGUGGCUAGGAAGGCGCAACCCAAGCCAAAAAUGAAGCGUUAG